CAGCAGGAGAGGCAACAGGAGGGGGAGGUGUGGCAAGAAGAGAAGGCACAAGGAGUCUGUGGCACAAGGUGGUUUCAAGCAGGGUGAAUGGGGAGGAAAGGAAGUGCAAAGGGAGAGUACAAAAGGGAGUAAGGCAGAUCAAAAGAGAGCGCUGAGAGGCAAACAAAGUGAUGUUUGGGGAGGAGAGGACAUCUACAGCACUGCAAGAGAGAGAGAUCCACUGACCAAAAACAUUUGAUCAACAACUGGAGAGUGAGGAGGAAAGCCCGGCUGAACCUCACCCUGAUGCAGAUGGCAAAGUAGUGUGCAGAAAAAGCAAGAUCCAAGAGUCCUGGGCGUUUGAUGAACUCCUAACCCACCAGCUGAAAGCUCCUCCUGUCCGUUAGAACCUCCAAACCAUGACUGAAGAGAUGGAACGUCCCAGGAGUGGACUAAGCAUGGCCAGCAGCGUGGUCACCACCGCCUCUGUCAACCAGGGGUCAAGGCCCUCAACCAGAUCCGUGAAAAGAGUUCACACAUUUGGCAAAAGAGAAUAUUCUCUCAAGAGAGACCCAAACUCGCCAGUCGUGAUCCGGGGGUGGCUUUAUAAACAGGACAGUUCUGGUUUACGACUGUGGAAAAGAAGAUGGUUUGUGCUGUGUGACUUCUGCCUGUUCUAUUAUCGAGACAGCAGAGAGGAGACUGUGUUGGGGAGUAUCCUUUUGCCGAGUUAUGAAAUCUUACCUGCCAGCCCACGAGAAGUGAAAAAUCGAAGAUUCAGCUUCAAGGCAGAACAUCCUGGGAUGCGGACUUAUUACUUUGGCGCUGACACACAAGAAGAUAUGAAUGCUUGGAUCCGAGCCAUGAACCAGUCUGCCCUGGUGGUUGCUGAAGACAAAAACAAGGCAAGCCAUACUCCUAGAAUGUCCGGUUCUCCGCAUGAUGACCUUUACGCGAGCUAUGAGGAUUUCCCAAACCCCGGGAUCAAUCCAUCCGACCAUGCCAAAAGCGCAGAGUCUCUUGAAAUCGCUCAGCUAUCUGAAUCCAGAUCACAGGAUGAGAGCUCCAGGGAAAGCCUCCAAGAGCAGGACAGGAAUGGAGACUUUGAGAAAGAUAGCUUAUUCAGUGGGCUCAGAGAGUCCUUAACUGAUGCUAUGCAGCAGUACACAUCCAUUUCCCUGAAUGGGUCAGUCCCACCGCCCACCCCUGAAAAUGGCGUGAAGAAUAUGGAAGUUACUUACAAUAGGGAAGAGGUGGAAAGCAAAGGGUUGGAGAGGAAAGAUUCUAUUCCUGAGGACGAAGAGUGGGUGCCUUUUCAUAAAGAUCAGUCCGCCUUUAAGGACCCUUUAGAGAGCUACAGCACCAGAAGUCCAUCUAGGGUUCUGCAAAAGGGAUUUGAAUGUCCACAUGAUGUCUAUGCCUCUCCGCUCUCUCGCUCUGCCCCUUCAUCGCCUGCUGUGCUUCCAGCGCAUAUUUAUAACACUGAAGUAGGUGACAGAAUCUGGAGUUCAAGGGAUGAGAAAUCUGUGUCACAGACUGAGCUUCCUGACACACCAGACGGGAAGGAUGAGGAUCUGCCCAAUGUGCCAUCUUCACCAUCAAGAACCACAACUGGCCAAUCACCUGCAAGAGCAGAAUAUGUGCUACAAAGAGUAGCAAAGGCCUCAAGAUCUCAUUCUCUCCCACCAACACCUUCUGAAAUUUCUAGACAUAGGAUCGUAAGGAGUUCACCUCCAAAUAAAUAUGGAAGCCCUUGUACUUCUGAGAAAGUUGUGUACUACCCUGACAAUACCUAUGCAAUACCUGUGCCGUCUACUGCAAGCCCUACCAGAAAAGAUGCCCCCAUUACACCAAGCCUCAGUCCUAGGGUUCAACAAGCCCGUCCACCUUCCAAUGAUGAUUUGGCUGUGCCUGGAUCUCCAUCUCAAGGCAGGGUCUUCAUCAGAUCAAAUACCCCCAUUGGGCGGGUAGACAUGCUUCCUUUAGAGGAAAGGUCUUCAAAUUCUGUACCUUCUUCAAGACAUAAUGAAGAAAGAUCAGGUGAAUAUUUUGUGACCAACUCCAGGACAAGGUGUCACAUUGUGAAAUCUUCGUUAUCGAGACCUCAAACGCCAUCUGAUCGGUACGAUGUCCUGCCGUGUGAUGAUCCUUACUCUUCAUCUUCAGUGGCAAAGGGUCCAGGUAGAUACAGCAGGAGAUCUCAGCCUCUGGGCCCAGAAGAUGAAAGACUGGUAGAUGGAUGUGGGGUACCAUUGCCUCCCAGAUCUCACCUGUAUUCUAACCGGAUGCAGAUGAGACCAAAUGCUCCAGCUGACAGAGUAAUCGUAGAAGAGUACCCACCAGAGGUAUCUCUAACACCUUCUCUCAUGAGACAUCGAGGCCAAGCAUCAAGGUAUUCCGAGAGAUCAUUACUUCCUCCAGCAGUGUGUUCUGGCCGAGGUCUUGGCAGCGCCCCCCGACACCUGUCAAAAAUGGGAUCCGCCAGCUAUUCACAAUUACCUCCUCUUCCUCCUGUCUCAAAUCGACCGGGACCUCAUGUGCCCUCCGGAAAGAGGAUGUCCAUCAGUGUCAUGCCAUCUGGCUCUACAGCCUACCGGGAGAGAGGUUUCCAUCCGUCACGGCUGGCAGACAAUAGCAUUGACGUUAUUUUGACAAAGCUGUGCGGUCAGGAUAAACUCCUCGUCAGUAUUGAAGAUGAGACCACGCAUCUCCGAGCUGAAAAGGAGAAGCUGGAGGAUGCUCUGCAGGUUACUCACCACCAUCUUGAUGAGUUCCAAGGUCAAGAUCACGUGAUUGAAAAUAUCUGGUACCAACAAAGGCUUCUACAGGAUGACCUUGUUUACGUGCGUGCAAGGCUGUGUGACCUCUCCCUGGAACGCGAGAGAGCAUGGGAAGAAUACAGAGUCCUUGAAAGCGAGAUGAACAUUCUGAGGGAGACUUUGGAACGAGUCAGUCAGAUGGGUCAUCCGCAGGACCAGGCAGCAGCCAAUCGGGAUCUUUGGAUGAUCAAUGACAUCAUUUCUGGCCUCCGAUUCAGUAAAGCCAAUUUCCACGUCAUCCCUGAGCCCACGAGACAUCCUGUGAUACGGAUGGCCUCAUCUCCAGCUGGCGAGCCGCAGUCAGCCCUCCAGAGAAGUUUCCUUCAUCAUUCUGGACUGAAUCCUCUAGGCCAAAGAGAAACUCAGCAAGACUUUGAAGGUGUGCCUCCUAGACCCCCGCUUCCCAAAGACCAUAACGCAAAUAGUGCCGAGACUGAUGCACAGAGCGGAGGAAACGGUGACCAAAAUGAACAAGACCAGGUAAUCGAGCAACAGGCUAACCCGGCCCCCGUGAAUAAUCCAGGACAGCAGACAUUAAAUGAAGGUGGAGAUCCUGUGCUCCCCAGUAAGGAUUUGAUUGGCUUUUGCCUGGUUCAGUCCACUUGUCCUUUAUCCAUCCCCAAAGUUCACAAGAUAACUUCGGAGCCGAAGGCUUCACCUCCCAACGUGGUCGAAGUGGGCACUGUAAGGAAACCACGAAUGAGUGCGGAGGAGCAGAUGGAGCGCAUGCGGAGACACCAGGAGGCUCAGAUACACGAGAGACCAAAACCUGGUGUUACUACUCAACGACAAAAUUCUCAGAGGGUCAUCACGGCUACAAUUGGUGGACGGUUGGGAUCAUCAUCUGAGUCCCUCCCAGUCCGAGCAAAUUCCCAACAAGCGGACAAACCACCUUCAGAACAGCGGAAGCCAGCACUUGUGAGGGUUACGGCUUCCUUUUACCCAAGUACCACAUCUACCCCACAAUCCGGAAAGAUAGGAAGUGGGAAGUCAAAAGUAAACCCUACUAAGGCCGUUCAGGACAGCAGAACUUCAGCCCAGUGCAGUGCCGAUGAACCAACAUACAGUGUGUUGAUGGAACCUCAGACAGAGAGCGUGACUUCCAUAACCAGUCUUGCCAUCUCUCCAGUGGCCAAGGUGACUCCCCCAAUGAGGACAAGCAGUAAAAUAGUCACUGCUGUCUGUAUGCAGGCCAGAAAGGAUGUGCGAGAGGGCAGCCCUAAUAAACAGGAGUCUAACUCAAACCAGAUGCUAUUCCAAGCAAGUUCUUCUUCAACAGUAGAGCCAAACUCCACUCCACGACCUGAACAACUUGACGUGAAAAGGCAGACUGUGGCUGGGACCAGCCCUGGCACAUCCCCUGGGGGUUUCAGCAAACACUCAGACGAGGGUAACACCAUCACAAUGGAGGGGGAACGGGAACGGAUUAUGAGUUUAUCCCAUACACUGGCAGCAGAGGCCUCGCGACGCGGCAAAAUUAUGACAGCCAAAGCAUUUGCCGAUGACUGCGAUGAAGGAAGCGAUAUCUCUUCCUCAGAUGAAAUUUAUCCAUGGGACUUCAUUAUGCAAGAUUCUUAUAGCAAACGGCCUGACGUUAAUGAAUCCAGCCAGUUCCGAGCUGCGUCUAACUCUCUUCAAGCUGAAGGCAACCCAGCAGCCAAGCUAGGAGGAGUGUGCCAACCUUCCAAGCUGCCACGAUCUUCAGGAGAAACUUGCAGCCCACAGCCAAAACGUCCAGAAUCGGGAAAAGACCUUUGCCAUUCCAGAAAUUCAGAGAACCAACAUUAUGAGAACUGGUCUGCCCAAAAUAACAAUGGAAACUCUGAUCACUGCCCAACUACUAGAACAGAGACUGUGACAAUGUCGAAGUGCAAUGGACAGGUGGCCAAUUAUGAUUUCCUCAUAGAGGACUUGCAUUACCACCCGUUGGAUAUUACCAAAGUGGCUGAUUAUUGUAAAGAAGAAAGGGAACCAAUCAGAAUCACACUACUUCAGUCUAGCUUCUAGAUUCAGAGACAAAAGAAGGAAUGGUCCAAGAAGAUCUGAAUCUAAAACAUGAGCCUUAGUGUUGGAAACGGAAUGUUGCGAUGAAGAUGGGUUAACCUAUGUGGAGUAAAGGCGAUAAGAGAAGGAAAUCCUAGAUGAAGAUACAUUGUAAAGUCUGUUAGAUAAUGUAAAUACAGUGUACAUAGUGAAGAUGUGAUCAAUAUUUGAAUCCUGAAUUGGAAUCUAGACGCACUGAAGAGUGGAAAGAUUUGGGAAAGGUUGAUUUAGAUGUUGACUUGAUCAAGAAGGUGACCCUCUACAAGGUAACUGCCGAUGUUGGGUGAAAGGAAGAGGCAUGUAAGUGUUCUAUGGAAAGAGGAGGUUAUUCAUGAAGUCGCACUUGUGAAGUGUUAGAAAAAUGUUAUUGCUAUUGUUGUUGGUCCAACCCAAGAUAAACUGAAGACUUGUGUGAAAACUGGAAUUCUGGGUUGCCACGUUAGCAUCGCUAGGGACAGUUGCACUAUUAUGAAACUAUGAUAUAUAUUUUGAAAGUGAUGCUGGCUUAUAAAAAGGGAGACUGGAACAUAUGAAGGGAUUUUCCACCUAUCUGAACAUUUUUUUUUUAUUAUAUAUAAUAAUUCGGUUCUACGCCGCUUUAUAACUGGAAGACGCAUUGUGCCUUAUGUGUUGGCCGAUUUCACAAAGUGAAGAAAACACAGUGAAGUUUUUUUAGUUUUCUUACGAAACAUUAACUCCGGUUAAGUCCUUUACAUGAAGAAAAGGUCACGUCGAUCCAUCCCAAUUCUCCGACGAGCAUUGCCACCCUGCUAUACUGGAAUUUUCUUUCAAAUCGAACUGUUACUUUUGGUUGGUUUUUUUUUAACUUUGUUUUAACUCAAAGGCCACUAAAUGGUCUCUUUUUAUUUUUUAAUUUUUUUACGUUGUUUUAUUGCUGUGCCUUGACCAGUAAUAUAGUGGUUUGUUAUUCUGCUCUUUUGUGAAGGGCCUGUAUAAUUUUUAAUACGAAAUACAUUGUUACGAGUGUGCCUCUUACAUACAUAGGGUUCAAGUUAUACGCCGACUGUCUUUUAACCUGCUAUUAAACCCCAAAAAAGUAGGUUAGCUUUAUUGCCUUAUUAGCAUAUCUAAUACUUUUUAUUGGAUUUAACCAUUAUUUCAAAUAAACUCCAAGUGGCGUUUCGUUUUUUAUAUAUUUAAUUUUGUAUUACAUAUUUGUAAAGGGGAAUAUCAAAACAUACAAAGGAAUGGGACUAAAGCUUUAAGUUGUUUUGUGUUAUCUAUGCAAAACUGUAACGUGCAAAUAAAGCAAUGUCUGAACGU